GACUUGGUGCGUCUCUAAGCAAAUAUCUCGAUUGUGAAAUAUACGAGGGUCAGUGAAUGCAGCAUUAUUUCCUGUUCUAAGGAUAUAUCGUCAGUUGAAGCCGAAAGGGGGAGUUCAAUGUAUUUCAUGUUAAGGUAUUUCUUUGACAUUCAGUUUAAUGUUCAUUUCUUGAGCCGUGGCACAAUAGAGAGCUUCUUCAGCAUGUUUUGGGAAUAUUUCGACGCGGCUCGACGACUCGGGAAUUCAGCGAACGAGUGAGAGCCAUGGACAACUCUGUCACCUUGUGGCAGUUCCUUCUCCAGCUCCUGUUGGAUUCCAGUAAUGAGGACCUGAUCUGCUGGACCAAUGAGGAAGGGGAGUUCAAACUGCUGCAGGCGGAGGAGGUGGCCCGGCUGUGGGGAGCCCGAAAGAACAAACCCAACAUGAACUACGACAAACUGAGCAGGGCUCUCAGAUACUACUACGACAAGAACAUCAUAAAGAAGGUGAACGGGCAGAAGUUUGUGUAUCGCUUCGUGUCCUAUCCUGACAUCUUGAAAGGAGACGUUGCCUCCCGGACAGAGGGCGGGGAGGUGGGUGCUGGGGGGGGCGUCCCUCCCCUUUUAAAGAGGGGAGACAGCACCCCACAAGAUGGAGAGCCUGGUCUGAGCUCCAGCACCAAGCAGUCAAACCGAAACGACUACAUCCACUCCGGCCUGUACACCUCCUUCACCCUCAACUCGCUGCAGAACGGACGCCAGCUCUUCAAGUCCAUCAAAAUAGAGAAUCCAGCGGAGAAGUUAGCGGACAAACGAGGAGUCGCUGCGUCCGCCCAGAACCAAGAGCUGUCUCCUCCGCCUCAAACCGCUCUGCCGUCCGUUAUAAAGUUUGGAAACACGCCUCCAAAGCCAGCGCCGUCCCCUCAGGUUUCCGUAGAGAUGACCCUGAUGUCCAGCCACUUGGAGGCCGAAGACAUUAACUCCAUCUCCUCCCUGCCGUCUCACUCCGUCUACUCCUUAGAACACAUCCGCCCGUCAGCGACGACGUUCAGCAUCCAGGAGCUGACCUCUGCCAGCCCGUCCCCCAGCCUCGUGCCCGACUCCUCCCAGGAGCUGGUGAUCGACAGCGACAUCGAGUCCGGAUCGUCUCAGACUGCAGACAAUCAGGCCCGGGAGAAGGCAUGUAUACAUCAGAGUCAGAAACAGUUUUAUUACCAGCAGGUGGACAGCGGGAUGGGUUUGUCCGGAGAUGAGACCAGUUUCAUGGACGCUGAAACCAGCUCCUCGUCUCUGAGCAGCAGCAACACUAUGUGCAUUCUGAGCGCCGCAAAGGCACGCAAGCCUCCCAAGAUCCUGCAGAUCAGCCCCCCCACUCUGCUGGUCACCACCUCGGACUUCUCCCCCAUGAACCUCUGCAGCCCCUCCCUCCCCACGGCCUCCCUCACACCAGCAAUGCUACAGACUCCCACUCUGUUGCUGACUCCCAGUCCUCUGCUGUCCAACAUCCACUUCUGGAGCACCCUCAGUCCGGUGGCUCCUCUCAGCCCGGCCACCCGGCGCCAGGGAGCCCAUCUGUUCCAGUUCCCAUCGGUCCUCACUCCUCAGUUCCAGAUCCCUAUACACAGUCUGGAUGGGACCAACACACCCGGACCCAUUUCCCCGAAGACAUAGGAUUAACCCCCAAUUUACAGUAUCACAACAUUUAGACUGAGACUCCUCCCCCUCCUCACGCUCCACCCCCUGCUCCCACACACAGGACAAUGAUGUGGGAGCCAUUCCUCAUCGCUCUGGUGCUUGAAAGCUCUCCUCCGCAGGAUUCACACUACAAUCAGACAUGUGGAGAGAUGUUGACGGACGACGGUAACAUGUUCCCGAACAUUUACACCCUGACGAUGCUAUCCUGUACUCGAACGUGCUGAUUCCAUCGUUCCUUUUUUUUGCACUUUUGAAUGUAAUUUGUCUGGAUUAUUUUGGGGGGGGGGUGAUCCUCAUUCACAACGAAUGAAGGAGGGAGGCGUGUCCAUGGCAACAGUUUGUGGAUUGGACCCUCAGCAGCAGUGACAAUCUACGUCCCAUGUGGACACACAGAUGAGUAGAAGAUAUCUGAAUAUUUCCUUUUAUAGAAUCCCUUCUUCUCUCUGCCAAAAAACCAUGUUCUGUUGUAACCUGUUUUCUCCUCCUUUGCCUCUGCUUCCGUUCCUUAUUGCUCCCUGUCCUGACUUUGUUGAAGGUUAGCGCUUUAACCUGAAGGUGUGCAUGUUUACCUGCGACUCUUUUAUCUCUUGCCCAGCUCUUAAGUGUUAAGCCAUAUCCGACACGUUGACUUUCUCAGCGUGGCCAUACUCUGAGCUGAACCUCCCGUCAUGCCUCGGUGUCACUUUUCUAAAGUAAACAGGAAGUCACACUGAACCCCGGUGUGAUUGAAAAGAAGUGAAGCCAUAACUUGUUACGUGCAUCGACUCUGCAAGCAACAAAACACCACCUGCUCUUAUACGGCUCUGGUGUCCUCUAUAGGUGUCUUCCCCCCUCCCCCCACUGCCUGAAACACCUCCAUUUGACUCAUAGUGACAUCAAUAUGUAACACUCGCGCUUUGAUUGGCUAGUGCUCCCACACAUUGCACGUGAUAGGCUAAUACAUCUUAUAUUAUGAAAUGUUUAGCCACCAAUGAUCAGUGAUGUGGAUAUAAUGACCAAGUUGAUCAAAUGCUAAUAAUAGAACAGCUAGAAGAGUCUGGUCCAUUUAGGAAAAUACAUCAAAAAAUUACUUAACCAGGAAUAUCUGCCAUUUUAUGAUAAAACAAUGUCCAAAAUCUUGCCUUUUAUGACAAUUUGAUAUCACAUUUAGCCCAGCAUUAAUGUCAGUUUGUCUUGUUUUGUAGACUUCACUAUGUAAUGGCUGAAAGACUGCUCCUGUUCACCAAAAUAAUUCUAGCCAAAAAAACACUUUUAUGAGAAAAAGUGAGAGAGCAUGUGAUCCCUUUGGACACAGCAAGGCAAGCCGUUACCUUGGUAACAAGCUGCUGUCCUCAGCUUCAUGUUUACAUAAAGAGAUCUUGUUUUAAUCUAAUUUAGCAAGGUUAUUCCCAAAGUAUGCGAUUUGAACCAAAGCCAAACAACAUUCUUCACAUAAAGCAGAAUCACUCCAGACUUUAAAUGAACAGGCUGUGUGUCAUGUUGCUCGCAGCGUCAGGGCAUUAUUUUAUUUUAAACUGAACGUCCAAAAUGAGCGGCUAGACUCGUCACAGUCCCGCCUUAACCUCUGCCGAGCCUUAUCCCCCUGAAGCACCUUCCUCGCCCUUAAACUCCUCCUCCUCACUAUCAGCCACGACAAUGUAAAUGACUUUGAAGCCAUAAGUCUGCGACAGACUUCAGAUGUAGAUCCCACAUUUAUACGCUAAUAAAUGUGCAAAUUGUACACAACACUUGUUUACAUGAUGCUUGGAUAGAACACGCUUAAGUGUGUAUUUACCUAAGUGUCCCUUUUCUAACCCAGGGAUGGAUGACCAGCUAAUCUUCUCAUUUCUACUAGACAUUUUCCCCCUCCGCCUGCAGUCCGUCACACUGACAUACGGUGCCUUACCACAGCCAAGUGAAGCUCUACCGUGGAUGGAGCUCGAUCAUUUAAUCCAGAAAUAACGACAUGUUUGUUUUUCUGCCAUAUCUGACCAAACCAGAGCCCCAGACGUUUGGCGUAAAACACGGGGAUGUUUAGUGAGAGUUCACUGCGGCUUAUGUACAGCACGAUCUUCAUGCUCUGCAGUGCGCUCUGGUACGGUGGCCAGCCCGUGCAAACGUGCUUAAAAACAACGGGACGCACACAGCUGGGACCGGAGCACUUGUUGACGCUCUGGGAUUGGCACUCAAGCGUUCUGUCAGUAUUCUUUCACACACACAUACGGGUAUUGGGCCGAGGGCGACACCGUACUUCCGGUAUCCGCCGUUUUACGCGAGGUGCAAGCAGGCCGAGGGUUUAGCCGUACACCGUCUAGGUGUUGCUAAGCUUCCUGUACUGAAUAUCAUAGUCUAUUGCCUUAAUCAAUAUCUAGUCAACUCUAAAAUA